GCAACGAGUGCAUCUUGCGCGAUUAUCCUGUUCGUCGAUUGCGCUAAACAAGACCUUCUACCUCUUCUUGGUGUUCUGGAAAUACCACGAGAGAUUAAGAUGAGACGUUUCGCGAUCGUGAUGCUGGGCCUAAUCAGUCUGGUCUCGGCCAAGCCCGCUCUCCUGUCAGUCCCGUUGACGUACGCGACAUCCUUGACAUCCGGUACGCAAAUUGGUACCAGUCGCGGACAGAUUCUGGACCAGCUAAAAGUUUCGACCGCGCAUCUCGACGAGAGAGGAACGAAUUCAGCUGAGACAUCGGUUGGAGAACAAGAUUCAUCCCGAUUUGACAGCGCGCCACUCGGUGUUGAUGGCAGAGUCGUGGACACCCCGGAAGUCGCGGCCGCCAGAGCGGCCCACGUGGCCGCGCACGUCAACGAGAAGAUCAACCUGGUGAACGAGGCUGCGAGGUCCAGUGGCGCGUUGGAUUCCUCGGGAACCAGCGAUCUGAUCCUCGCUGAAACGGUGAUGGAUCCUGAUGGCAGAGUUUUGAGUGCACCGGAAGCCACAGCAACCAAAGGCAACCAGAAGAGCAAUUUGGGAACGCUUGCACGACUCGUGGAUGGUUCCGUGGUGCCACUGGUGCUCGUACCGGAAACGGUGGUUCAAACUCACGACGACCGUCAGAAUCCGGCGAACGCGAGAUCCCUGGAUGCUCUAGCAGUUGCGGGUCCAGUUUUCGCUUAUGGCAGAUUGAUUUAUUAAAAGGAAGGAUCGAUCUCUCUACUCAAAGUUUCUUUUGGAGAAGACACGUCUUGUAGCUUAUUAUCGGAUAAUCGCAUGUCAGAUGGUAAUGAAUUAUGUAUAGGUAAUUGCUCUCUUCUAUUUCUUUCUCUCGUUGCACCAUUUUUUUAUUGUGGGAAAGAUGUACUCUAUACGCUUGUUAAUAAAAAGUAAGUUUAUUGAAAAGUUGCGCUUUUUUGCAAAAAAAAAAAAAUGUAAUUAUAGUAAGAUUUGUAAUUUAUACUAAACAAGGAAUAAAAUUAUAUGAUAAAGA